AUAUUGAGAAACAACUUUGAUUUAAAAAUUUUAAUUUUUUGAAAUUUAAUAACCAACACACUAAUUGAUUAAAUAUCGAUACAAACACCAACAUAUACAAUAUUUUAUUAAGAAUAUUAUAGUAAUAAAAAAUAAGUUGCAAAUUAACUUAAAAACAAUUAAUCCAUCCUGAUAUUAUAUACACAACACACACACUCUAAUAUUAACAUCGAUCGAUCAAAUCAAAUAACUUACUUAUACAUAUUCACAUUAACAAUUUACACCACAAUAAGUCACAGCCACACUAACAUAUCGUGAACUGGUAAGGUUUUAACAACAAAAAUAUAAUUAAGUCUAAACUGACUUGUUCUAUUAUUUUAUGCAGUCUUUGCCUGAACUAAUCUCCUGGCCAAUAAUAAAUUAUAAGAUGCUUGUUAUCUGUUUUUCAGAAUUAAUGCAACAAAAUAUACAUAAACGUUUUUUAAAGAAACAUGAGGAAGAUACAUCAACAAUAAAAUCGCUAAAAUAAAUUUAAAGACAAAAUAUUUAUUGGAUUAUCUAUUUUACCGAAUAACAAACAAUAAACUUUCCGUAACUACGAAGAAUUCUUCCAUUUAUCAAACUUUUCGAUUCUCCUCUGGCGAACAACAUUUUGUUCACUACCUAAAUUUUGAUCUUCAUCAUUUGAUGAUGCGGUGUCACUACCUGAAGUUUCCAGGCGAAGAGAUUUUUUGGCUUUAGCAAUAACUUCUUCACUUUUAGAGAACAACGUCUUUAUAUCAGAUGUCCCCGCUUGAUCAUUAUUAAUGUUUGAAUCUGGCACAUCAUCUGCUGAUGUAGGCAUGGUGGUAGAAGCAGCAGGUCUUUGUUGAGCUAAAGCAGUCACUGAACAAUAUUGCUGCAUCAUAACAACUGAUGUAUCUAAAAGAGUUUGAAUGUUCUGUAAACAAUUGAUUCUCGCCUCUAAUCCAACUCGCAUCUGAUUUUCAAGGAUUCUAAGCUCUUCAUCAGAGAGACUUCCAAAAGGGGGCAAUGGCGGUGACAAAGUGAACACUUGUGGAAAUAUAAACUGAUUGAAAUCAGGUAUUGAACCAUCAUUAGGAAUUGUAGAAGAUCCCGGUGCAGAACCAAUAUUUUGAUUAGUAUUUGCAUUCUGUUCACUCGAUGUUGGGCUGUUUGACGGACGUUGAUCAUUAACUCUAUCUUGAGGUAUAGGAUUGGGCUGAGGGUUCAAAAUUGGAGUCCUUAAAAUAUUAAGUCGGCAAGUUGGACAUGUCUGUUGACGUUGGAACCAGGAUCUUAAACAAGUAGUAUGAAAUAUGUGAUUACAGGGCAAUUUUUUAGAAGCAACACCAACCUGCAUUUCUUCUCGACAAAUAAUACAUAGGUUAUCUUCAGCUGAUAAUUCUUCAGGAGUAGCAUCAGGAUAAAGUGUAUUCAUAUUUCUGAUAGCCCUUCUUGACAUAACAACAUCAUUGAAAGCUUUUCUAAAUUCUCUGAUGGUAUAAUACAUUGAACGAAGAACAAAAACAGGUAGUGUAUACAUCCUAAACAUAAUAAAAGCGAAUAAAGCAUAGAGGGUUACCUUCAUAAAACUCAUGAUUAAUUCAGUAUACAAUAGAAAAACAGCUUUGUGUUCCCAAGGCACUUGACGGCGAAGAUCAGCAAAGUGGAGGAUAUAUUUAAUAACUAUAUUAAGUAAAGCGGUAAGUGAUAUGGCAUACUCAAAUCCAAAAACUAGUUGAACUGAGGGUCCCUUGGUAAUAGUAGAAUGAUAAGCGUACAUUAUAAAGUUCACGUCUAAUGAACAAAGAACUGCCAGCAAAGAAAUAAUUCUUACAUGAAACAGCACUGAUAUCACAGGACUUCUUUCCAUAAAGUCAAUUCUUUCCUCAGCAAGCCAAUGAAAGGAUUUCAAGAAGAACAGUAAUAUAAAUAGGGCAACAAACUUAGGAGUAAAGUCAUCUCUAAAUACUGUAAAUGCAAGACAAGUUUCAGUUACAGUGUACCAAGCUCUUUCCAUCAAGUGUUCCACUUCUAUGGGGCGCAGAUCUCCAAAGAAAACUUUUUUCAGUAUCUUUCCGACCAUGAUCAUCAAAAUAAAGGUUUGUAAAUAUAACACUGCAAUACCUGGAUUCGAUUUGGUUAUGUGAACAACAGUUGGAUAAAACUGUUUUUUCUGAUAAUAUGCAUGGGCCACAACAGCACUUGUAAGAAGAAGACUUGAAACUGUAAUAAGUAGAGGUUUCAUGAUGGUAACUGGGUUUGAAUUAUUUUAAAAAAUAGUAUUCUCUGUAUUUUUAACUGAUAAUUCCAGAAACUCUAAAACCUGGUUUUCAUUCAAAUGUCAAAACAAAAUGUAACAACUUGAUGGGACACUACUCUGACGUGUCUUCUCAUUGUUUGUGGAAACUAAUAACAUGAAUUCCAGACUUUUCCAUCAUUUUAAAAUAACAAACUACACCACUGUUUGUUUUAUCAUUUCCUCACAAGGGGAAGUUGUUAUUACGGCAACAGUUUCAACGGCACUAACAAAAUAAAAAAAUUAUUUAGUAUUAAUGAAAUGUAAAUAUUAUCAUUCGGAGACACUGUGAUAUCAAUGUAAGUCAAACGGGAGGUUACUGAUAAGGCGUAUCUCAUUUUGAAACCAUUAUUGGAAUACACCUUUACAAACCUGUUCAAAACAAAGUUUAUUUCGGACUUAAUUGACAACCAUUAUAUCCUAAUCUUUAUAAAAUUAAUCAUGUCUUUUUAGAGCUGGAGGAGUGCUUUGAUCUUAUGCAAUGGACGGGAUAGCAGGAAGUUCCGCAGAUUUCAGCAGCACCUUGGCUAAAGUUUGGAAUCAAUGUAAAAGAUGUGAUGCAUUGGAUCGGAUGCUUCAACAUCACUUUGAAUCCAGUGGGAAUCCUUACGAAAGUGUCCUAAUUUUAAUUAGACAGUCCCCUGACUAUAGCCUUUCACGCCCAAAUGGUCUUUCAUUUACUAUUAUUAAGCAAUUCGCCAGUUGGAUUAGUUAUAGAAGAGAAAAUUAUAAACACUGCCUUACUGAAGAAGUGAAACGUGAAGCUUUUCAAGUAGCUUCCAGACAAAGAAAUAAAACUAUAAGCAAGAGUAUUAUUGAUGUUUAUCUUCUUAAAGACUACAAGCACUUGUUUGUGAAAUCUCUACAUGAUAAUCUUCAGCUCCAUAUGUACAAAGAAGUAUGUGAGUGGUCCAUGAUGCUGGAUUUAGAAUCUGAGUUUGGUAUUUUUGAUUUUAUUGUGCCACUUAUUUUCCAAGAUAAGCUUACAGUUGUUGACGAUUUCCUUAAGAAGAACCGUACUCAUCAUUUAGAAUUGAUUAAAUUCUUAGAUAAUAUUUUGUCCCAGAGAUGUAUUUCGAACUUCAUUGAUCAGCUAAUAGCAGACUUGAAGAUAGAAAGUGUCAAGCAUUCCUCGUUGCCUAAACUCUCUCAAACGAAGCCCUUGUGCAAGCUGUUGAAGAGAUUUGCUUCCAUACACAAUAUCCCUCCUGAGAGUACGCCCAAUCUCACUCUCAGGAACGGCAUUGGAACUGUUAAUUUUCUCAUCCGGAAAAGAUAUUAUGACCGCAGUUUAAGCAAAGAGGCAUUCCGUGAACUGGUGAAAGAUGCUUGUGGUUCGAGGAGAGAGGUUAUGAUCCACUUGGUGAACAGGCUCGACGAAGAACAAGAUCCGACUGAAGCCUUGAUUUGUGCACGCCUUUUCUCUGUUCCUCCUUCUGAUAUGCCUCCAAGUGUCAGAGCUCUUGAUGAAAAUGGCUGGAGGGAAGAUGACUUAGCGACUUCAGAGGAACUAGUGGAAGAAGGGCUAGACCGGAAUGAUGAAUAUCAUAAAUUUCCUCUACAACUUUCUUCAAUAUUUAUUAUUGACACAGAAGCAGCCUUUUCAUCUCUCAUUGAUUCCUACAUUGGUAGAUGGAGCUUGUACUAUAGGUAUUGAUUUGGAAUGGAAGCCGACGAUGGUCGCGCCUGCCGGGGAACUGGCCCUGCUUCAAUUGGCGAAAGAAGACAAAGUAUUUCUCAUCGACGUUCUCUCACUAGCCAAUUCUCAUCACCUCUGGGGCCAAUUCGCUCAUGUUUUUCUCAAUAACCAUGAUAUUCUCAAAAUAGGUUUUGCCAUGGGUGCUGAUUCAGCAAUGUUGGCUCAAUGUUUUCCUAUUGAUUUCGCAUUUCGAAUGUCUGGGCUUGGCUUUUUGGACCUCUCAUCCCUCUGGAACAAACUUGUAAAGGAUUACAAUUUUGAGUUUCCAUACGAAGCUAACGAAAGCUGUUCGAGUUGUAGCCUAAGCCAGCUGGUGGCUCUCUGUAUAGGAAAACCACUCAACAAGAGGGAACAAUUUUCCAACUGGGAGACUCGUCCAUUAAGGCUGACUCAAAAAGUGUAUGCUGCACUCGACGCUUACUGUCUGAUUGAAGUUUAUCAAGUUAUAAAAAGGCUGUGCUCAGAAAGAAACAUACCUCUUGAUGAUAUUGUUCAAGAUAUGAUGACUAGGACAGAGCAAGGGAAGGCCAAAAAGUCUAAAACAAGCAAAAAAAGUAAAGAAGCGAUAAGACAUAGAUCGAUAGCGACAGAAGCCAAGAAGAUGAAGUUGGUAUGUGAGCCGAGCCUGGCUAGCAUGGCCACCAUAUUAAGGAGGCAUGGGAUAGACACUGCUCUCGCAGAGCUCCAGGACAUAGCCGAUGUUGCUGAAUUGGAAAACAGAAUAGCGCUUUCUUCUUCUUGGCCUUUUAAAACAAUUUCCGAGCAAUUACCAAAGGAUAAGUGCUACUUGGUGCGUUCGUGUGCCUCUACAGACCAAUACAGGGAAGUCAUCAGGCAGUUGUACAUAAUUGUUAAACCGGAGGACAUUUUCACUCGGUGUCAGGCUUGCAAUAGUGACCAUGUAACGAUGAUAAACAAGAAAACUGUUGAGGAUUGGUUUCGUCAGAAAGGUACGUCGAAGACUACGAACUGCGUACCAGCGGGUUACUCUGACAAUGAGUUUACAGACUCAGAAGAGGAUGAUUAUUACAGUCUUAGUCCGAGGGAGUGUCCCGAUUCGGUGAAGAAUGGUUCUCAUUGUUAUCCAACUACUACAACAGGAGUUAUAGUUAGGUUGGACCUGGUCAUUGAAGAGCAAGUUAAGUCGGCCAAUUUGAUCUGCUUAUGUGAGAAAUGCGGACGGGUGUUUUGGCAGACAGAGACCAAAUAACAGCCUUCUUGCAAUUGCUGACCUUUCAGAGAAUAAAGUGUAACCACCAAUACGGUCUUACAACAUUUCUUCCCGUUCCCAUAUUUUUUGUGAUUAACCCCAUCUGUGUUCCUUUUGAUAUCGUCGUUCAGAUUAUAGGCGAAGAGAUAAAUGAAAAAAAGUAUAUAUAUAUACAUAUAUUAAAUUAUAAGCAAAGUUAUAUAACUUUUUAAGACAAUAACAUUAUUUAAAAUAUCAAUUGUAUUUUAAUAGUUUUAAAAAUUUUAUUUGCUAAAAUUUAUAUUUUUUAUUAUGCUGUUUAUUCUUUGUUUUGUAUAAUGUUUUUAGUGUUAUAAGUGUUGAUGAUUUUUUGUUUCUCUUAUUUCAAAUUGUACAAAUUAAACAGUAUAUCUAUCUAGUUCUGUUGAUGUACUUACUUGAAUAUGUUUUAAUACUUCACAGACGAUUACUAUAUUAGUUAAGAAAUUUUAUGUUGUACUGCUGUCCUAAACCAAUUCUGUGAAUGUGUAAUAAUGACUCACCAUAACUGACAAAGUACAGAAAUAUAAUUUCUAAAU